GUGGGCUUCAGCAACAUGGCGUCUGCGGCAGACGGGUUCCUCAGGCAGUGGCUGGUGCCGAUUCUUCUGCCCGAGCGAUGCUACGACCAGAUUUUCUUGCAGUGGAACUUGCUGCACGUUCCCUGCCUCAAGAUUUUCCUCAGCAAAGGCCUUGGUCUUGGCAUUGUGGCUGGAUCACUAAUGGUAAAACUUCCUCAGGUAUUCAAAAUGCUGGGCGCCAAGAGUGCUGAGGGACUAAGUCUUCAAUCUGUACUGCUGGAAUUAGUAGCACUGACUGGGACAAUGGCCUACAGCGUCACUAACAGCUUCCCCUUCAGCUCUUGGGGCGAAGCCUUGUUCCUGAUGCUCCAGACGGUCACCAUCUGCUUCCUGGUCCUGCACUACAGAGGAGAGACUAUGAAAGGUGCUGCUUUUAUAGCCUGUUAUGCGUUGGUCCUGCUGGUCCUGCUUUCACCACUGACACCCCUGGCUGUAGUCACCCUGCUCCAGGCUUCUAACGUGCCAGCUGUGAUUGUGGGGAGGCUGCUCCAGGCAUUCACCAACUACAAGAACGGACACACGGGCCAGCUCUCAGCUAUCACUGUAUUUCUGCUCUUUGGAGGCUCCCUGGCCCGAAUCUUUACCUCUAUUCAGGAAACCGGAGACCCCCUUCUGGCUGGAACUUUUGUGGUCUCUUCCCUUUGCAAUGGUCUCAUUGCCGCUCAGCUCCUUUUCUACUGGAAUGUGAAGGUUCCCCCGAAGAAAAAGCAGCAGUAG